AUGGACACCUCCACUACAGUCGACUGCACGAUCAGUUCGGAGAGUAAAGGACAAGAGUGUUUGGACAAUGUCUGCCAGCGAUUGAAUCUACAAGAACCCGAGUUUUUUGGCCUACGCUAUGUGGUCAAGGGUAAAGAAGACGAAUUGAAAUGGAUUGAUUUGGAACGGUCGCUUAGCAGGCAGCUGGAAAAAUAUGCGGCGAGUACGAAAAUUUAUCUACGCGUGCGUCACUAUGUUGAUCCAUCGCGGCGAGACGAUUUGACGCGCUACUACUAUUUUCUGCAAUUGAAGAGUGACAUCUAUGAGGGAAAAAUCAUCUGCGAUAUACGCACCGCCAUUUUAUUAGCGCUCUAUUGUCGACAGGCCGAGUAUGAUAGUCAUCAGAAUGACAAACAGACAAAGGAUUAUCUGAAAAAGUCACUUGUAUUGCCGAAAAAUUUACAAGGUCUAGCCAACGAUGAUAACCUCCUUGACAGCCUCAUUAUGGAAGUGCUGCAACAGAACGCAGGCAUCCAGCAUCUUCAGCAGUCUCAGGCCGAGGAGAUGUACAUACAGUGCUGUCAACAGUUGGAUGGCUAUGGCGAGGAGCGCUUUCAAGCAAAAGACACACUGGGUAAUGAUUUGCUGCUUGGGCUGGCUAUCAAUGGCAUGGUUGUGAUGGCUGACAAUGGCCGUCAGUAUUUCCCGUGGAAAGAGUCUCAAACGGUUUCUAUCGACAAACGUACCAUAAAAAUUGAGCAAAAUAAGGCCGAUGGCUCCAUUGUGGGCUCAUUUAUUUUUCCCGAUGCCGAUACUGCACGAUACUUCUGGAAGUUAUGCAUAACGCAGCAUAAAUUCUUUAAACGCUACAUCGAUGAGGAGUCUGUCUCGUCUAUGGGUGAUGCAGAGAGUGCAAAUGGCAAUUCGCUGAGCGUGGGCGGCGGCGGUGGUGGUGGUGGUGUUGGCGUUGGCGUGUCUGGUAUUAGUAGUGGUGUAUUAGCUGGCACAAUGGAUGCUUAUGCCUAUGGUGACUUCAAUGAUUCACGCGAAGAUUUGCUACUCGAGCAACAACAACGUGCCAUUUACAAUCCAAAUGCGUUAACGAGUGGCGGUGGUGGUGGUGGUGGCGCGCUUACAGCUGUUAAUCCGGAAUUCAUGUCAGCGCCAGCUCUACAUCAUGGCUUACUCGCCUCCACGCAUGGUUCUAAUGCGUUAAUGUCAUCCAAUAUUUCAUUAGCUGCCAGCCAUCAGUCUGGUGGUGGUGGCGGUGGUGGAGGAGGAGGAGGUGUUGGCGGUGUCGGCGGUGCCGGGCCGAAUGGCGCCAUGCAUUCGCAUAGCGUGGGCGCUAUAGCGCCUAGUUGGUUAACGAAAGAAUAUGGCCACGAUUAUGCCUCGACGCAGCACUUGGCGAAUAGCAUGUUGGACACACGCCUGCAGCAAAGCAGCUCCUGCCUGGAUUUAAGCAAUAAUAACGGUACUAAUGUCAGCGCUGGCAGCACUUUUCACAGCAGCAGCAACAACAUUGUGCACGGUCAUCUGGGUGGCAGUGUAACGAAUAACAGCAGCAACGUCGCCUUGCACAGUGCUGACGCACAUGAGCGCGAACGAUUGAAAGCCAUGUUGCCCACUUAUCGGCCUGCACCCGAUUACGAGACUGCCGUGCAAUUGAAAUAUCGUUCUCCCUCCAGCGAAUUGCAUCAUUCACAAAUGAACAAUUAUGCUAACUAUCAACCGCAACUGGCAUCAAGUGCCUCUGCUGUAGCUAUGAGCGCGACGCCUGCAGCCAGCGGUGCCAUUUACUACGCGGGCUCACAGCCUGAUGUACACAAUGCGUCAGCAAUGUAUGGCGAUGGCGUGUUGCUCAGUCAAUUAGCAUCGCAUCGUUACCCUGAUGUCGCGCAGCCAGCAGCUGCAAUGCAUGCACAACAUCAUCACCUAACCGCAGCGGGUGUGACAAUGUCACCUGGUGGCCAUAGCAACAGCACCAGCGGCGGAGGCGCAUAUAUUGAUUUAGGACAUCGCCUGCAAUUGGUGCGUAGUAAACCGCCACCGCCUUAUCCGGUCAACCGUUUGAAUUCUUCAUCAACACCUGACUUGGCGGUGGCUUCACAUCGGCCGCUGAUGGGCUACCGCGCUUAUGUGUCUGGCUCCUCGCCGGAUUUGGUUUCGAAUCGAAAUUUGAUUAAUUCACAUUAUCCAUACGGCAGUACUGUCGGCAGCAGCGUCGGCGUGGCACAAGCAUCAGGUGGUGCAGCGGCUACAAAUCAUGCGUUGAUUCAUACUCAUUCCUCCUACAUGGGUGGCGGACACAUGGGCCAUUCGCAGUCUUAUUUGCCGCAUGGUACUUUCGAGAACUUGAAUAUGAUCGAGGAACAGCCAUCUAUACUGUCGCAGUUGCGGCAGGAUUAUUUAUUUUUGCCACAUAGUACACAAAGCUACAACGAACACACUUCACCAACUCUCAACAGCAGCGCCAACAACAACGUUUACCGUCCAACACCAACACAAGUGCAAACUCAGCAGCAGCAGCCACCACUGCCACAGGCGGCGCAAUCACAAACUCGUCCACAGCAGCACUUGCAAACGAACACUUCUGCUUCAUUAUCGCAUCGCAACACUUUAAACGGCUCAGCCGAACCGAUUUACGAGAAUGUGCCACAUGCGCGCUACGUGGCUGCAGAGCCAACGGUUCAACGCAAUUUGGAGCAGCGCUCCUCAGGGUCUUCGGCGACCAGUGAAGCGAUGCGUAACCGUACGGCUUCAAUACAAUCAGCCCCAGGUGGCAUGCACGGCCAGCCACAGCAGCAAAUGCCGCCGGUACCUGCUGUGCGCCAUCAUCAUCACCAACAACAACAACAACAACAACAACAACAGCAACAAAAACAACAACAAGCGCUUCAACAACAACAGCAAGUACUUUUGCAACAUCAGCAGCAGCAGCAGGCUGAGGCUGAAGCGGUGGCUAAUGCUGCGCUCAAUAUGCAUAAGUAUGCUGAGCGUGCUGCCAGCACAGAACUGCAGUUCUUAGAACCCACACCGCCGCAACGCGCAGUACGUGCUGCCUCUGCAGCACCCGCAGUUGGCCAUAAUAGCAGCAAUAGCCAGCAGGCCAUGAUGCAAACGCCGCCACCAAGGCAGAACCACCACGCCCACAAAGCACAGAUUAUGCAGAGUGCAUCAUCGGCUUCCUCCGUGGACAUAGCUGCAGCUUCAGGCGCCAGCAAUAGUGUCGUACGCGCUCGCACAACACCGCCCACGCAUGACGACUCAACAGACUCAAUUUUGUUAUCAGCGCAGCGCCAGUUCAGUGCCAUGAAUAUAUCAUCAAUUUCAUCCAAUGUCUCAGCAUCGGGGGCAUCUACCAUGCAGCAUUCUUCUUCGAAGCAUCAUCAUCGCUCACACAAUUCAUCUUCGUUGUUGGACACAACCGCCAACUCCAGCAACACCACAAAUAGCUCCAAUACAACAAAUUCUUCCAACACUACCGGAAAGGAGGGUAAACGUAAGAAAAUAUGGAAUAUUUUGGGGCGUAGCAAAACGCCGGAUAAACAGAAAUCUGCAACGCUCGGGCGCGAGAAAGCAUCCUCGUCGAAUGCCGCAAAGACGGCAGCUAAAAUUAAGCUCGCGCAAGACGAUUUGAAUUUGAUGCAUCGUUGGUCGACGGGCGUUCCGCGACUGCAGCCGAUUUCCGGCCAGUAUUCAAAGGAAAAAUUGUGUCCCAUACUCACUGAGAAACUGAACGAUCCGCAGCUCUUCAUCGAAUUUGAAAGCAUACCGAAGCGUCGUGAGUUGGCGCGCUACGACUGCGCGCUAAUGGACGAAAAUGCAAUGAAGAAUUCCGAUCCCAACUUUUUGCCUUAUGAUGAUAAUCGUGUGUGUAUCACGCCGACAAUGGAAAAUCGAACGGGCUACGUUAAUGCGUCGCGCAUAUCG